AUGGCUCCAGCAGAUUGGACGGACCACGACAGGGAGGUCAUCGAGUUCGGCUGGCGGCUCUGGAAGCUCGGGGGCAGGUCGCGCCGGAACGCGGUGACCUCGACGGCGAUGAAAUGCGGCGACAUCACGGGCGCCCCGGACGCGUGGUUCGCGGCCCAAUGGCCCCAGCAGAUCGGCAGAUACUACGCCAACCGCGACGCAGCAGAGAACGGCCGCCCCAGGGCGCAGGCCAAGACGCGCGAGCAGGUCGCCCUGCUCGAGUACGCCUUCGCGCAGACGCACGGGUACCCGUACACGGGGGAGGUGCUCCCGCUCGCGUUCCUGACGGGCCUGCAGGUGCGGCAGGUCAAGUCGUGGUUCGAGCACGAGCGCAAGAAGUGCGUGGCCGACGAGGACUUCCUGCCGCUGCAGCCGCCCGAGAUCUUCGGCAUGCUCGGGCAGGCGACCAAGGACGCCGCCGCGCUGGUGCGGCUUUAUAACAAGGACCCCAGGGAAUGUGCCAGGUCGCUCGUCAUGUGGGAGCGGUGCGUGCGGACUGGACAUGAUGGCGGGCCUGAGUCGGAGACGAUGCAGCGGCCGCGGCCGUAUUAUAAGAAGUAUUGGAAUCGGAUGUUUCUUGAGGAUGGGACGGAGCGCAGCCUGCUCGAGGCUACUGAGGAGCUGGAGGGGGAUGAGGAUGAUAAUGACAGCCUUGCGAACUUGACUAGUGAGGAGCGGAGUGAUAUUUGGAAACAGAUAAAGGUUCAGAAUCGCCAGUUCGCUAUGAAUCAGAGGGAACUGGGGGCGGAGGCAAAGGAGGAAGAGGGGACGAGCGAGGACAUGCCAUAUGGCAUAUGCCCACAAUGGAGGAGAGCCCUGGAAGGCCGGCUAGCCGGCCAGUCACCACAGACUGAGGUGACGGAUUGA